AUGGCCUCCACCAAGCUUCACGUUCUCUCGCUCUAUCGUCGCUCUCUCAAACUCGCUCUCGACUGGGCUGUGGCUCGAGAUGUCUGGCGUGGCCAGGCUGUUUAUAUUCGCGGACUGUUCGACGCGAACAAGACUGUCUCGCAGCCUCGACAGCAAAAAGAAUUGAUCGAGCAGACCGAGGCAUUGCUUGAGAAGUGGAAGCACCCGGAUCCAUACAGACCACCUACAGCACCAGGUGGAAGCAAAUACCAGCGAAACUUACCAUCACCACGACGUGACCCACCCCCACCCAUGCAUGUAUAAGAGGAACAGGAGGAUCCGGCGUUUCUAGAACUGUACAUAUGGAUACCUUUGUCCUAUUGAAGGACGACGACACAAUAGAAAAUGUUUCAUUUCUCAUGCACACAAUCCGUGGUACAUGCAAUAUUUAUUACAAG